GAACCUCCAGGGCCGUCUGCAUCGCUCCCACUGGAGUCAUGGAACUUGUCCUGCUGUGUGGGCUGCUGGUGAUGGCUGGUGUGACUCCGACCCAAGGAGGGGUCCUGAACCUGAACAAGAUGAUCUGGCAGGUGACUGGGAAGACACCCCUCUUCAACUACUGGCUCUACGGUUGUCACUGCGGACCGGGUGGCAGAGGCCAGCCCAAAGAUGCCACAGACCGGUGCUGCCAACAACAUGACUGCUGCUACUCCCUCCUGAAGACCCAGCGAUGCAGGUCCCAGACAGACCACUAUAAAUACACCUUUCUCCUGGGAGACAUCCAUUGCUCUGACAAGGGGAGCUGGUGUGAGCGGCAGCUGUGUGCCUGUGACAAGGCGGUGGCCUUCUGCCUGAAGAGCAGCCUAGACACCUACCAGAAGAAGCUACGGCUCUACUGGAGACCCAAAUGCAAGGGCGCGACUCCUCUGUGCCCAGGUGCUGCCAACCUGACUUUCCCGGGGCUCCCUGAAUGA